AUGGGUAGCUACGGCAUUUCUAAAGUGACCCUCUACGUUCUAAACACGGUUUACGUAAUCCUGGGCUUGGCUAUCGCGGCCGCCUCGAUAUGGUUCUUCUGUCAAGUCAACGAGUUCACGACGUUGCGAAAUAGCAACCACUACUUGCUGGAUUACACCGUCUACUGGCCCCAAGCUGUACCCUGGAUAUUCUUCAUCGUCGCGCUGAUGGUCAUCGGGGUUUCCGCCUGCGGCUUCAGCAGUGCUCGCAAAAAAAGCCGCGGAAUGAUAACAGUGUUUGUUACCGCGCAGUCUAUAGCCAUCUUGUGUUUAUUGGCGGCGGCUAUUGUCGCAUUGGUUUUCGCUGAUAACAAGUCGACGGACGAUUUCGUCAAGGACACAGUAUGGGACGUGUACUUCCAGGCGAAGGCGGACAACGAUGUCGCGACAUCCUUCGGUCUUAUUGAAAGGAAACUGCACUGUUGCGGCGCGGACAGCCCAAGGGACUACAAGAACUGGAAGAAUGAAUUCCCCAUGUCCUGCUGCGAUACAUACUAUCAUGGCUUCCUGGAUGCGUAUACGAUUGAUUGUGAAUUCACGAACAAACUGGCGAACGAGAGGCACGGGUGCUCAACAGUGGCUGCGCAAUACGCCAGGAUAGCAAUAAAAGUUCUUUCUGGAGCGACGAUCUUCACAGCUAUAAUUGGUAUGAUGAGUCUUGGAGUAGCGGUGGCCUUGUCAAAAUCGAUAGCGAAGAGACGAAGAGCACAAGCUUUAAAAAAUGAGUCAGAGAGCAAAAAGGUUCUAUUGUAA